AUGACCUCUUUUCCAGCAGGAAUGAAUCUGUGGUACAACACACCAAUUCUCGUUGAGCUUGCGCGUGCAUUCAGCGUUGACGAGCUCGGAGUAUCCCGUAUCCCCACCAUUCUCCAAGCUGGGUCAUUAUGCAUGUGGUCUUUUUUCAUCAUCCCGCUGGGAGACGUUGUUCAUCGGCGGCCGCUGCUACUGCUUCUCAUGACAUGCUCGGCGUCUCUCACUGUGGGCCUUGCGAUCACCGACUCGCUAAUUGCCUUCGAGGCCAUCUCGUUUCUCACUGCUCUCGUUUCGGUUACGCCCCAGGUUGUUACGCCACUUGUCGCCGAUCUCGCACCUCCAAACCGUCGGGCGACAAUGAUUGCCCUCAAUCUCUCCGGAAUCCUCCUUGAGCUCCUGUUGGCACGCGUUCUUGCUGGAACUAUUACCGAGUUUUCGAGUUAUAGAAAUGUGUAUUGGAUGGGUGUAGGUGGACAAUAUAUCAUGCUCCUCGUUCUCUACUUCAUAACUCCCGACAUGCCUAUCAAAAACCCCGACCUGUCCUACUUCCGUGUUUUCAUCUCCAUGGCCAAAUUUGCGACGACAGAACCUGCACUCAUCCAAGGGUGCUUUAUUCUCUUCUUCAGCUCGUCGAUUUUCAGUGGAUUUUGGGUGACUAUGAUGUUCUUGCUCGCUGGAGAGCCGUAUCGUUACUCGACGCUAGUCAUUGGCCUCUUUGGUUUGGUGGGCAUGGUCGGUGUCGCCAUGUCUCCUCUGACCGGGCGAAUCAUCGAUGGCUUCGUGCCCUGGUUUGCCAUUCUCGUCGGCAUUAUGCUGGUUAUAUCUUCUCAGCUUAUCGAAGCCUUUGGAGCACUUGGAACUGAUACCAGUGGAGUUGGAGCUGUCGUCGUUGCUAUCAUUGUGCUUGAUCUCGGAGUGCAGGCGACGCAGGUGGCUACGACCACCUCCAUAUUCAGUAUUGCCCCGGAAGCCCGAGCUCGACUCAACUCGUUACUUGUUGUUUCCAUACUUCUUGGACAAGUAAUGAGCACCGCUGCCGGCACGCGGCUCUACGUCAAGCAUGGGCAUCGCUUCAGUUCUGGGAUGAGAGUUGUGUUUGGCGGUGCAGAGCUUCUGUUCUUGUUGAUGCGGGGUCCCUAUGUUCGGCGGUGGACGUGGCUCGGAUGGGAAGGAGGUGCUCAACUGAAAAAAAAUGCGGACAUAUCUUGCGCUGCGGAAACGCCAGUGUAUGGUGAUGCAAAGACCUGUCCGUCAGCGAAAUGA